AUGUCAGCCUUGACGGUGCGCGCCCAACGGCAAAAAAUCUUCAAGGCCGUCUUCCAGACCGACUCGUCACAGCCCACGCCACGGCUCCCCUCCCUAGAACCCGGCGAACCGUUCGGCGGUCCACCUCCAGCCACGGUCAACGCGUCGGCGCGCGGCGGCAGGCGACAUGCAGCCAACGAUGUGUCGGACCAGGUGAGAUGGGAUCGGGCCUGGCACCUGGUCACGUCACGCAUCCAGCUUCCCUCCUCCGUCGCCAUGGAAGAUUCGUUUGGCACGCUGCCCCCACAGUCGCAGGACACCGAGUCGGAUUUCUACGAUGCGCUGCCCAUCGUGCUGGACCCGACCGCCAACGUGCCCCUCGCGACGCACACCGAGGACGUCCUGCUAUGGCACGCACGCCAGGUCCGGCAGCACUUUGUCAACCACGUCCUGCCGCUGCUCGCCGCCUGUGCGGGACUCGCCGACACGGCACAGGUGGUCGCCAGCACGGUGAACACCUUGGCAGCCGCGCACCGGCAGUAUCUCAACGGCCUGCUUCUAGUGGUGAGGGGCAUCCCCAGCGAACCUGCCGCGGAGGCAGCGACCAGCACAUUCAGACGAGACUUGCAUGCGGUCAUUGGCAACUCGUGGACGCAGGGCCUUAUCAACGCCCUGAAUCCUGCACUCAGGCGGUUAUUACGUACCAUUUUAGGCACCGGCCGCAAGUUCGACGGGAGGAACGCUUUCGAGGACCCCAAUGCGUCAGGCGCUCGAGAGGAGUUGUUGAGGCUCCUCGAGUCAUUGCAGAAGGUCGGUCUCGCGGGCGACAAAUUUCAGGUGCUCUUCGCAGAGUUGAUGGAUGGCUGCAUGCGUGAUUUCAUUCAGAAAGCCUACGCUGGAGUAUGGGAGGCGCUCGAAGUGAAAGACCCCGACUCGGGAUCGGUCAUGCCCGGCUGCAUGGCUCAUCUCUGUCACUGGGUGGAAAAUCACUACGGGCGACUGGCUGUAGAAGUCUUUAGCCGCCUGGGAGGCCAGGUGAAAUGGGCCGACGUCGAGCAGUGGCGUGAAAUUGCCAUCGGUCGGCUAGCAACGCUCCGAAUACAUGAGCUUUUCGACAUUGUGCUGCACUGGCCGCAGACAAGGGGUGGACUCGAUGACUUGAGUUAUUCCGUUACCACGCCGCAGCGCCGCUUAGCAUUAACGGACACCUUCUCGGCUGCCCUGCAGCAUCGACUACUACACCCGGGUCGGUCUACACUGGAAAUCCUACAGACAUACAUUUCCAUGAUUCGGACUUUUCACGCACUUGACCACUCAAAAGUGCUGCUCGAUCGAGUAGUACAUGCCCUGCAGCUCUACCUCUGCCAAAGAGAUGAUGCGAUCCGAAUCGUGGUUACGGGUCUUCUUGCAAACCCUAAAGGCAAUGACGCCAACCAGGCGAAAACGAAACUCGUCGAGCUAGCGGUGAUUAUCAACGAAGCGUCGCAGCUACAAAGAACAGCAAUCGACGAGGAGGAUCUUGAUUGGGACGACAUGAACUGGGUUCCAGAUCCCGUUGACGCAGGUGUCAACUACAAGCGUCCAAAGAAUGAAGACGUGGUUGGUACCCUGAUCAGCGCGCUCGGCUCGCAAGACCUCUUCAUCAAAGAAUUUCAGCACAUAAUAGCAGAGCGGCUGUUGUCGAAACAACCUGGAUUCCAGCAAGAAAUCAAAGUUCUAGGACUUUUAAAGAAGCGAUUCGGCGAACACGCGCUGCAAAAUUGCGACGUCAUGGUCAAAGACAUUCAAGAUUCCAGGCGCCUUGACGCAGUUCUACGACGUAAGAUACGCGGCGCUCAGCAACCGGGUGCCCCAGCUCUCUCGUACCACUCAAGAAUACUGUCGCGUCUCUUUUGGCCUAGUCUGACAAAAGAGACGUUCAAGGUUCCUGCGCCUGUGGCAGAUAUUCAAGCACAAUACGAGGCUGGAUUCGAGCAGCUCAAAUCAUCUCGGAAACUUGGGUGGCUGCAUAGCCUCGGCACAGCGACCGUCAGCCUCGAACUUGAAGAUCGCACGAUCGAUGUUGAAUGCAAGACAUACGAAGCCGCUGUCAUUUUCGAAUUUCAAGGCGAGGGAACACAGAGCGACACAGGCGCACAGCAGCGCACAUUUGAUGAGAUAUGGCAGAGCCUGAUGAUGGACGAGGAUGCCCUCGAGCUUGCACUACGGUUCUGGGUGACGAAGAAGGUGCUCAAAGAUGUCGGAAAUCGUACGUAUGUAGUCAUGGAACGGUUAGACUCGGAAGAAGCAAAGCAGGAUGCCCAUGACGAUACGUCAGUUGACGACGGUGCAGAAGCCUCUGGCAGCGCAUCGCCAAAGAAGGCCAAGGGCGUAGAUCCCAAGGAAGCGGAGCGACGGACUAUUUAUUGGCAGUUCAUCCUCGGCAUGCUCACGAACUCGGCGCCGGCCAUGCCGCUCAGCCAAAUAGCCAUGAUGAUGAAGAUGCUCAUCGCGGACGGGUGCCACUGGAGCAACGAGGAGCUGCAAGAGUUUCUGGAGGAAAAGAUCGCGGCUGGGGAGCUGGAGCUUGCCGGUGGCAAAUAUCGGUUACUCAAGAAGUGA